GGCGAAAUGGCGGCGCAUGCGAGUGAGCUUGAGAUUGCAAAGAAAAAAUUGACGGACGCUGUCGGCGAUAAUGUAAAGCAUUACUGGGCAAACCUGAAGCUGUGGUUCAAACAGAAAAUCAGCAAAGAGGAGUUUGACAUCGAAGCUCGUCGGCUGCUGCCACAUGAGAACGUCCACAUCCACAAUGAUUUCCUGUUGGCCAUCCUCACACGCUGCCAGAUCAUUGUUUCCACACCAGAGGGUGCUGGGCCACUGCAGUGGCAGGGGGGCUGCAUCUCGAAGCCCGGCAAACCAAAAGGGAAGAAGAAAUGUACCUCUAGACAAAAAUUUGAUCAUCGCUUCCAGCCUCAGAACCCUCUUAGUGCUGCGCAGUCGUUCAGCUCCCGAGAGGUGGGGGGCGAGGAAGGGGAGCUGCGCCUCAGCGCCCACACCCUGCUGCUGCCGACGCAGGGCCAGCUGGAGGCCCGCAUGAUGGUCACUGCCUUCGAGCUGGGUCUGGAUAAUGUCACAGAAGAUGCUGUGAGCUUCAUGAGCUACGCUGUGGAGCACCAUUUGAAGGACGUGCUGACUGCUGUGAUCAGCCGGAGGAAGGCGUAUCGGCUGAGAGACGAGCGUUUCCCUUAUGCCUUCGGCAGCGAUGUUACGCCUCAGCCUUACCUGAAAAACAGCCUGGCAGCCUACCACAGCAUCAGUGAAGGUCCCCCUCCAAGUGCUUCGCUCACUGCGUGCCCACCACCACAGGUGCCACCUGACGAGGCUGAACUAAAAGCUGUUCAUUUGUUGGCGUGUUCCUCCGACACGCUUCCUGCACCCCUCCCCCCAAUCAGCAUGUUUGACCUUCUGGAAGCAUUAAAGGUCCAUCGAGGUGUAAUGCCCUCCCACACGAUGUUCGCCCUCAACAUGGAACGCAUCCUGUCUCGCCUGUGGCACCCGAGCCAUGAAGAACUGGAGCAGGACCAGGUCCACAGACAACGGCUGGCAGCUAAAGAGGGCCUUCUGAUCAGCUGAGAACUGAAUCAUAGGAGGACCCCCCCAUCACUGAAACUCUGCCCAAUGAACAGAGGAGACACCUGUGCUGCUCAGAAACACGGGACAAAGUGUCUGUUGCUGAUCGUACACCAGCAAAUAGUCUGGUUCAAAUGUUUGGUUUGUGUUCAGCUUUAAGGGUGGCAGCAGCUGCAGAGUCCAGAGGGUGAAGCCACGGUUAAAAUCCCAACACCUUCUGCUAGCAGAAGCCUAAAGUAGACCAACAGAAAUACUGUGGACAACAGUUUCCUCUGAGCGUCAUCAGUUCAUCGUAUUCUGAAAACCUAACCUGCUUCAAGGAAGCCGUGUGAAACGAGCUCUGUUGGCUUUAAAUGUGUGGAAAUAUUCAGCUGUAAAGAGAUUAAGAAAGCUGAACUGUUCAACUGCAUUUCUGCCACAGCUUGAAGUGUUUUCUGUCACAAGCUGCCUGGUCUAGAUGUUCAAAGACAGGAAGUUGUCCCAUCACGGAGCAGAAAGGGGACUUGUAAAUACCCGUUUGUCUGUCUUUGAGCUGGUUAACUUGAAAUAGAAGCAACGUACUGACUUCCAUUCUGGUGUGUUGCAGUCUGCAUCUAGCGUAAGAAAGGUCCCGAUCGAAAACAGGUGCCACUCAAAAUCCAAAAUGGCUGCCACUACAGUAUAUAUGUAAACUGGCCACCCUUAUCAUUUGAGGAAACUGUUUCCUACUUUUUAUUUGGCUUAAAAAUAGUUUAUUUGAAAGACUGUAAUGGCUGAAGGUUAAUCUAUGGGGGCCACGGCCACUAUUUAAACCCCCCCCCCCACACACACACACACACACACGGCUCUGUCACUCGCCUCGGACAAAACAAAAACACCUCCCUCUCCUCCACAGUGUAACUUCUACACACUUCAAUAUCUUGCACCAAGAACAUUUUUGCUACAUUCCCUGUUCAGUUCUAGAAAAACACUCAUGUGAAGGACCACAAAC